AUGGAGUUUGAUGAAUUUGACUACAAGUACUCUUUGAUCAUGUUGGGAGACUCCAGUGUUGGCAAGACUACUAUUGCAACAAGUUUCAAGACAGGCUCUCUCAUGGAGAAAUCCACCCAGUCAACUGUAGGCAUUGACUUUUGGACAAAAGUUGUGAAUGUGAAUGGGGUCAGAAUCCAAACUCUCAUCUAUGACACUUCAGGUCAAGAAAGAUUCAGAUCUAUCACGAAGGGAUACAUCAAGAAGGGAGAAGGUGUGCUUAUUCUAUAUGAUAUCACUAAUAAGCAAAGCUUUAAAGCCGUUAAAUUAUGGAUCAACCAAAUUCGAGAAUAUGGGCAAGAACAUGCUUGUAUUCUGGUAGUCGGCAAUAAAUCAGAUCUGAAAGAGAGCAGAAAAGUUACAUAUGAAGAAGGAGAGAGCCUCGCUGAGUCUUAUGGCGUUCACUUUAUGGAAACCUCUUCAAAAGAUAUGGAAUCUAUCGAUCAGGCAUUUGAAGUUGUCAUAAAACAAGUCUAUUUCACUGGAAAGGAGAGAGAGAAAAAUUCAAAGGUUACUAAUAGAGGGUCAAAAACUCUGAGACAUGAGGAGACCAAGAGCAAAUCUGAUUGUAUCUGUAAAUAA